AAAUAGUGGAAUACUUGAAUGGUUUUCAAUCGUAUGGAGCAAACGCCUGUUGGGAAUUCUGAAAUGUGCCAAGCUUCGACUGAUUUUCGUUCCAAGCCAGAAUCAGACGAUGAAUUCAAGUGGGAAGAAUUUUUCGGUACAUCGGUGGACAUAUCAUCAACCCUGUUGAAUAUGUUCGACAUGAUUGUAGCCAAAAAUGCCCCAGUGGAGAACGGCGUCAACAGCAGUAAACAUCAGACGGCGACGACCAACGGGUUGAGCACCACGCCUCCCCCUUGCGACCCCGGGGGGGAAGGGAGUCGGUGUCCUACAACUGGCAAUCGUCCUACGCGCAUCUACAACAAGCGAAGCUAUUCAGAUACUGCUUUUCAGGAAAAGAAACGUCCCCUCAGCAGCAGCUCUGUGUCCUCGUCAUCUAGUUCGUCGUCCUCUUCUCUGCCUCGCAACAGCCUGGACGUCAAGAAGUCGUAUCUCGCGAGCAUCGAGUCGUUGGAUGACGACGACGAUGACGACAACAGGUACGGAGAGAGCGCGUCCGGGAGAGGAGGGCUGUCGAGGGAGGUGUCGAACGGCGGAGGAUCCGGUCCGGCAGUGUCCGGCCCGCCGGCCGGAAAGCCGCGGUGGUGCGACCCCAAUCUCAGUCACACGGACAGGGUCGUCUUGGAGAUCGUCGACACGGAGAAGACGUACGUCAGAGACUUGAAUGAAAUCAUCGAGGGAUAUCUGAAACACAUUGGCAGUGCUGAAGAUCAAAAAGUUAGUCAAAAGCAUCUCAGUGAGCUGUUCAGUAAUGUUGAAGAUAUCUAUAAAUUCAACAGUUCGUUUGUGAAUGAAUUGGAGUCUUGUGGCUUGGACCCUGUUGCUGUUGCAAGGUGUUUUGUUGAAAAUAGCAAUGGAUUUGAAGUUUAUACCCAGUACUGUACCAAUUAUCCUAGAACAGUGUCUGUGUUAACUGAGCUUAUGGGAAAUACUGAGACUGCCGAGAUAUUUAAGGAACGGCAGAUGGCUUUACAACAUAGUCUUCCCUUGGGAUCUUAUCUUUUAAAACCUGUUCAAAGGAUUUUAAAAUAUCACUUGCUGCUACAGAACAUGGUGAAACACUCUGACAAAGAAAGUGACGGUUAUUGUGAUGUAAAGAAUGCUUUAUCUGUGAUGACUGGGAUUGCAUAUCACAUCAAUGAUAUGAAGAGGAAGCAUGAACAUGCUGUUCGUGUUCAAGAAAUACAAAGUUUACUCUAUGGUUGGGAGGGACAAGAUUUAACAACAUAUGGUGAACUUGUGGCUGAAGGGGCUUUCAGAAUGUACAGAGCUAAAGCUUUAAGGCACCUUUUUCUUUUCGACAAAAUGAUUUUGAUUGCGAAGAAGAAGGAAGAAGGAAUAUUGAGCUAUAAAACACAUAUCAUGUGCUCCAAUCUUAUGCUAAUUGAGAGCAUACCUGGGGAACCACUUUGCUUUCAUGUCAUACCUUUUGAUAAUCCCAGAUAUCAAUAUACAUUCCAGGCUCGAAAUGUAGAGCAGAAACGCGAGUGGUGCCUUCAGCUUAAAAGGGUUAUUUUGGAGAACUAUAAUGCUGUGAUACCAUCACAUGCUCGUCAACUUGUGAUGGAACUGGGUCAGAGUAAACAAGAAGAUUCUGCAAUUGAAAAAAGUACAACGAAGCGACAGCUUUCGGCUCCAGAAUACCUUGAAAAGCGGAAACAGGAACGCAGAAAAUCGGAAUUGAAUUUGGACCGCACCUUAAAAUUGAAGAAAGGUUCUAAGAAGAAUGAAAAUUCAUCAAAUAAAAAUAACUUUCCAAAUGGAAGAAGAAAAAGUGCUCACUCUGAAAGCCAUGAGAGUUGGAAUGGCCAUGACAAAUCAGAAUCCUGGACAAAAAGCCAGGAUGAUAUGUGUCAUGGUAAAAAAUGGCUGCUUGGGCGCCUGGGCAACAAGGAUCAGAGUACUGGAUCGAGUAAUUCUUUUAGUCGAAGCUCAAAGAUCCGGCACAGUCUUCCAGAACCUUCUUUGUCCAGAACCAACAGUAAAGAACGGAGAACAAGAUCAUCUUGGCGAACUUGGAAUAGCGUCCCAGAAGAGACAACUGAUACUGAAAAUGAAGAAUUAGACUCAAAACGGAUCGGGAAUUUCAGAAAUAGAUCAUAUUCCGAAGUGUCAGAAGAGGCAUUUGAUAAUGAAUGUGGUGAAUAUGUGACUUUCUUUUAUGCUCAUUCUUAUGCCACCCGAGACAUGCAUAACGGAGAUGGAGAACAAAGGCUGGCAGGAGAGUUGACUAGCGAUCAAGAAAAAACUCUAUCUGAUGUGGAGGAAAAGUCUGGUGAGAGUAAAUUAGUUGAAAGUGAUAGUAAAAAUUCCACUGAGCUUAUUAGUUCCAAGACGGAAAGACAAAAGGACCAGGACUCUGAAAGUGGCAGCUCAGUCAGUUCUUGGAAACAGAAUUCUGCUAUUCGCCGUGUCCAGUCGUUUACAGGAAUGGCUAAAGCAAGGAUGUCAUCCUUGCAGCAUAAUAUUUCGUUUCGGUACCAUUCCUCAAGUAGCGAUGCUAAGAUGAAAGCAAAAAGAGCGACCACCCCUCUCACUGCAGCAUCCAUUUUGCCUUCAGACACUAAAGAAAUAAGCCCUACUGCUCCAGCUACGUGGUUGAAACAGCAAGAAGAACACUUAGCAGAGGGUGCUAAGAAGAGUGGGUCCCUGCCGAGGAGUUUUCAACUUGUUCCUGAUGGCAAUACAGAUGAAUCCCCCCAACUGAAUUUAGUGGUUGUCUCCGACAACAAUCCACGACGAAUGAGAUUGCGUUUAGAUGGACCGAGGUCUGUGCACUGUGAACCUCGGCCUUUCACGAUUGCAUCUGAUAAGCCUUCCCAAGCUGACUUUGUGGACGAUUUAGAUUAUGUUGUUCUUGAUUAUUCUCAUUUCAAUAAUUCUAAUUACAACUUUCAAAUGCACAAAGAUAGUUAUGAACUAGACACUACUACUGGAUGUACAAAUACUCCUGCUGUUAGCAUGGAGAAUGUUCAUUCUAUUCAUCCAGAACUAAAAAUAUAUCACCAAGCUGCUUCGAAAUAUGCUACUUUGAAACAUAUGUUUUCAAAUAUGGGUUCGAAAAUUGCUGGUUUAAAAGCAACGUUAGUCAGUCCUUCAGCUCAUGAUUCUCUAAAUUCAGAGCAUUCUCCUUGCUUGAAAAGUCCGUCAUCCGACUCUGAACAGUCUAAAAAUGAAUUCAACAGAUCCAACAGUCAUUCAAGUAUUAAAAGUGAAAAUGAACUUAGCCCAAAACUUUUUACCGCAAAACUUUCGCAUUCUGUAGCAAAAGCAUAUUCCUCCGUAAUGAGGCAUAAGAAAAAGCAUGAAUUAAAAAUUACCGAUAGAACAGCAGAUACAAAAAAUGAAAAAAUAUCUAUUGGAACGUAUAAAUCGGAAAGUUCUUUAAUUGGUGCCAGAAUGGCUCAGCCUUUAGAAUCAGAAUAUAGUGUGCCAAAAUACAUAUUGCCUCCAAAAAUGUUAAAAGACCUGAGACCAGAUAGUUUAUUUUCAGAAUGCUCGAAUGCAACGUCAUCUAGUGAUGGAGAUAAAAAUGGAGUUAUAGAAUCAUCGUAUGGAUCUCAAUUUUCUAAGCAUGACGAAGACGACACAGUGUCUGAAGCGAGUGACACUUCUGCCGAUAGCUAUUAUGAAAGAACGUUUGAUGCAAUCGAAAAUGCAUUGGCACAAGAUAUCUUCAGAGAUUCAGCAAUAUAUAGUGAUCCUGAAGAUGCAGAUUUUUCUGCAGUGGAAAUACCAAGACAUAUCCAAGAUACAAAUGAAUUGAAUGUUUUAAAAAAUGGGGAUGAUCCUUACCACGCUCAAAAUGGUAGCUCUGACAUUUCACCUUCUUCUCCCAAAAUUAUGUGUGCACGGAGGGUCAAUCAAGCAAUAUUGGACAGAUUACGAAUUCUCGAAGAAAAUGUUAAGUUUCACAAUGAAGAAGUACCAUCUGUUAUCAGCAAUUCCAAGCCAGUUGUACAGAAAAGACUCGACUUAGACAAAUGGGGUAAUUUAGUAUUAAAUAAAGAUAUUGAAGAAAGUGAAACAAGCUCUGAACAUUCAGCUUCAACAGUCAACACAGUGAUGGAGUCUGGGCAUAAAUAUUCAAAAACGAGCUGUAACAGUCGAAAUCCUCCCCGAGUUAAGGGCUGGGUCAAACAUGUCGUUGAUAAACUUCAGGGGGAAGGUAGCGUUUAAGCCAUCCACACUAAAAUCAUACUGCCAAGAACAGUCGUGCCUUGGACCUGUGCAUUUUGGAGUGCCAAAAUAAAAAUGAUGCAUUUAAAUGUGCUAAAUCUAAUUGUGAUAAUUUGUCAGUAUAUCAGGAUAUGAUGACAGUGAAUUUGUUCCUCAUUUCUCAAAUUGAAACAGCUUCCAGUUUUAUUAUUAUUUUUUUUAUGAAACAUAAUCAAGAUGCUUCUUUUUUACAUAAUUCAAAGUGCCCUUUUUUGUAUCAUCAAAAACACCUUUUGUAAUAUAACCAGAAAGGAAAAAUACAAAUCUUUUUGAUUCUUCCUUAAAUGUGCAGUUUUCUUC